CCAAGGCGAGGCCCACUACUCGCAGGCAGCAGACGGGCCAAACGCCACGCCAACAACAGCCUGCUGCGGCACGGACCAGACCUGUGACACAGAGAAGGAACGGUCAACCUUACUCGAGGUCAUCCAAACAAAACCGCCGUCAGUAGACGAGGUGUGUUAUGCAGUUUCAGCAUGUCCAGCCAUAGAAUAUGGUUGGUUAUAUUUAAAACAGUUAGAGAGGUGUAAAUAUCUUAAUUUAAUGGAAAAUAAUGAUUAUAAUGAGUACAUGACAUUACCUAGUUCACUUUUGCCGGAUUUGAAUUGGUGGCUUAGCUCCAUAAUGCAUUCAAAUAACAGUAUCAAAGAUGACAAUAACUAUUGUCUAGAAAUAUUCUCUGACGCCUCAACUACGGGGUGGGGUGCCAGCUGUGGAGACCAAAGGGCUAGCGGCAGAUGGUCACAAGAGGAAAUUCACUUUCAUAUAAAUCAAUUGGAACUUCUUGCAGCAUAUUUUGCCCUAAAGAUAUUCUCAAAAAAUUACAGUAACUGUAAUAUUUUAAUGAGGGUUGAUAAUACAACAGCUAUUAGCUACAUCAAUCGUAUGGGAGGUAUACAAUAUCCUCAUCUUUCAAAGGUAGCAAGGGACAUUUGGCAGUGGUGUGAACCAUCGGAACAUCCACAGAAACAUUACCCUGGUUGCAGGGAUUUUGUCAGGACAGCGUUGUUACAACGAGAAAUCCCAAGUGCUUCAGCUGAUAUAAUUUUAGCUUCUAUAUCAGAAAGUACCUUAAAACAAUAUGAUGUAUGCUACAAAAAAUGGUAUGAUUUUUGUGUUACUAAUAUGAUAAAUAUGUUUGAACCUUCAGUUCCUAUGAUUAUACAAUUUCUUACCAAGAUUUUUGUAGAUGGUGCCCAAUAUGGGACUAUCAAUUCAUAUAGAUCUGCUCUUUCUUUUAUCAUUAAAAAAUUACCUGAUGAUGAUAGGAUUUCCAGGUUUUGUAAGGGUGUGUUUAAAUUAAGACCGUCAUUACCACGUUAUACCUUUACUUGGGAUGCAGGUGUCACAAUUAACUAUUUAGCAACAUUAUUUCCAAAUGAAAAUUUGACACUUGAACAGUUAACUAAGAAGUGUGUUACUCUGUUGGCCCUAGUCACUGCACACAGAGUGCAAACAUUGUCGAAAAUUAAAUUAAAUGAAAUAGUCUAUUGUAAUGAUAAAAUAAUGAUUAAAAUCUGUGAUUUAAUCAAAACUUCAAGACCAGGUAUGAAACAACCAUUAUUAUACCUACCUUAUUAUUGUGAACGUCCUGAGAUUUGUCCUGCUAGUACAUUAAGAGCUUACAUAGACAGGUCUAAAGAUAUUAUAAGACCAGAAAAUUAUCUUUUUGUCAGCUUUAGAAAACCAUAUAAAAAUGUAUCUCCUCAGACGCUCUCUCGUUGGAUUAAAAUUACAUUACAGGAUAGUGGGAUUGACGUUUCCAUAUUUAAGUCUCACAGUACAAGACAUGCAGCAACUUCUAUGGCCAAGAAAAUGGGCAUUAAUAUAGAUAAUAUCAGACAAGCUGCUGGAUGGAGCGGCAAUUCCUCUACCUUUGCUAGGUUCUAUGAUAGACCUAUUAUUGACAAAGACAACCUGGCUUUGGCAAAUACGCUGUGUUCCUUAUAA